AUGUUUGACGGCGCAGCUGUUGACGGCUCCGGGCAAACUCCAGUCCCCGACACAACUAACCCCAAGCCAGACCCCUUGACAAACGCUGGCCGCACAACAAACGGGCCGCCCCUGCACGUGCUCGGCGUUGAUUAUGGGACCUCCAUAACGGGCCUCGCGCUGGGGCGUAAUGGUUGGUGCAGCCCUCUUAAGUCAAUACCUUCUCUCCGCACAUCGAAGCUGUCAGAUGUGGCCCGUCAAGUACUUGCCACAGCGCUGGAGCAGAGAGUAGAGGGCAUGGUGGUGGGCAUUCCCGUACAGCCAGGGGGCAGCAUCGUCAAGCCACACACGGACUCCCGAUUGGGUUCGAGAUGCCGCAACCUAGCACAUACGUUGGCACUGAUGGCGAAGGAGCAUGGCAUCCCGGUGUAUCUUUAUAACGAAAAGGAUACGACUCGCGCUACCAUGAAAACACUAGGUUACAAUUGGACCGACCGCCUCUCCGGACAGGAGAAACAGGCAUGCAAGCUGGACUCCGAGAGCGCAGCCAUGCUACUGCGGCUGUACUUUGGUAAUCCACGCCUAGCUGUCCGUGUUAAUGCUCAAGUAAAUAUCAAGCGCUCCCCAGGUACCCACAACUCGGCCGAAACGACUAGCGACAGGGAGUGAGAAUAUCACGAUGCGAGGAGCAGUGUAAGGCUUAUCGACACCUGCAAAACGCCUUACAGUCGCCUGCUAGUGUCACCUACCAAACUGUACACAUCCUACACUUAACUGCAAUGACCAAUAGCACCCUCGCAUAACAACUCACGACCGCUGUCAGGAUUAUCAGGCCGCCGCGCCGAAGCCAGCAUUACUCGUCGCAGUGGGCGUCCCUGCUU